CUUCAUUUUGAUAUAUGCACUAUAAGACACCAGCACAGUUGGCUAUCAAGAUGGAACUCCCAGCAUCAAAUAGUGACAACCCCACUCGCCCAAAGCAAGCCACGACAAAAGACCAAUUCGCGUGUGACCAAUGUUCCGCGAGGUUCAGGAAACCGCAACAUCUAAUGCGCCAUGCUCGCCGGCACCUGCAAGACCGACCGCAUAAGUGUCCUUUUUGCUCGAAGAAUUUUCAAAGAAAGGACUCUUUGAAGCGACAUGUGGCCACCCAUGGCAAGGAAGCCUCUGGUAUAUAUGCCAUCCGUGCAGCGGCUGAAUCGAGCCGGGCAGCUCACGCAUGCAGGGAGUGUAGUACCUCCAAGAAGCGCUGUGACGGACUCAAUCCGUGCUCUCAGUGCGCGAAAAAGGGCCAGAGCUGUACCUACGAUUACCGGCACGAUAGGCAGAAUACCCUCGCAUGUGACGCGAUGGGGAGUUAUGCACGUUUCAACAUGCCCCCAUCUGAAUCUGCGUCCGCACCCGCCCGCUCGAGAGACGUCCACGAGAGUAUCCCUACCCCUUCCACUGGCGAUAGUCAACCAGCACCCAUCAGCUAUGAUGUGAUGGUUGAUGGCGGCGUCAAUGUGUGUCAAAACUACAACAAUUCUGAACUGAACCAACCCGGUACAUGGUCUCAGCAAGACCUAUCAUUCGACCUUAUGUUCGACCCAUUCAUUUUCUGGGGCUCAGAGGAAACAGCUGGGAUGUUAAGUAAUCCACUUUCAAACGGCAAUUUUGGAAUCACUACACCUACCAUAAAUAGUGAGGAUAUUCACUUAUCACCUGCAGGCCACGCUAUCCAAGGAGAGUCUUCCAGGCAAAAUCAAGAAGCAGAGACAGCGCAGGUAAUCGACGUUCACCAAGCGAAGGGACCAGAAAUCCAGAUUGUACGACUUGCUGACCUUCCCUCCAACGACCGCGACAUACUGGUUUCCGAGCAAUACUACCACGUCCCACGCAUAUCUGAAAGCAUCUACAACAAGAUCUAUAUACAUUAUGUUCAGCAAUACGACGUAUCUCACUUGCAGGCUUUUCCAGACGCGGAAGUCCUAAACACAUUCAUGCAAUUGUAUUUCGAAUUUUGCCACCGGGAGCUCCCAAUAUUCCACCUUUCCACUUUUGAUCCGUCCCCUGAGUCGUGGAUACUCGUCGUCGCUAUCAUUGCAGCCGGGUGCAAUUAUUCUAUGUGUCAGUACCGUCAAGAAGUGUCUGAGACUAUGUUGGCACUUCUGCAUCGCGCAAUUUCCCAAAAGAUAGCCGAUAAUAACCAUACGAAUGGUGACCUCCCACUAGCUCAAGGCAUUUUCCUCUUCAACUUAUGCCAGUUGUUUCAUGGUGCAAGAGGAGAAUUCUUGAAGCUCCAGUACCAAAGGAACAUCUUGAUAACGCUUUGCCGCCUCCACAUGGCCCACGCGAGCUCAAUGUUCAAUAUGGAAGUUUCCCCUGAUGCUGAAGGUCACCACGAUGCCUGGCAAGUCUGGAUUCGAGAAGAGUCCUGGCGACGGUUAACGUAUGCAACGUGGAUGCUUGAAUGCUUCCAGUGGAUGUUGUUUGAUACGCUGCCCAUACUAGCUUCCUGGGAGCUGCGUCUCAGUCUACCCUGCCGUGAGGAUUUGUGGAAGUGCGCGAGCAAAAGCCAAUGGGACGAUCUCGCAAGCAUACCCGAAACCUUAAGCGAGCCGAGCUUGGCGACAAUCAUGAGCACACCCAGUGUCUUGACGGGAAGCACUCGCUCAUUAGGCAGCUAUGCUUCGCUGAUCCUUAUACUCUCCUUCUCUGCCGAGGAGAAAAGACAGCGCCUUUGUCACGGCUACGAUGUGUAUCAUUUAGUCUCAAACUCUUAUUUGAAGGCACAGUCCGAUCUGCUGGGCGACGAUAGCGGAAGCCAUCUCCAAUCAUCAGGGCUAGCACCCCUACGCCAAAAGCUCUUCUUAGUUCUUUCCAUAUUACAUCGCGUGCAUCUAAGGAUGCUCUACCGGGCCUGUGGCUGGCUGACAAGCAGCAAGGACCGAGAAGCAGCAAAGCAAGAGCUGUUCGCUCUACUGUCCAACAAUAGGACCACGGCAAAACGCACUCUCCGGCAUGCAGCCUGUCUCUUCCGCCUCAUCCGGACACAGAGGAAAAUGACCUUCUGUGACCCGCAGAUGUUUCUUAUUGCUACGCUUUAUAUCUGGUAUUAUAUUGACUUUGAGAGGGAUGGAAGCGAACGCUUUCAAAGUCGCCAAGAUAGCAGCAGUUGUAGCAGCGGUGGCAAUACCCGGGAAGGGUUGUUGGACCGGCCGCUGCGCAUUGACCAGGAGGAGAUGGAUGAUGAAGACACAUUGGAAGAAUGGAUAACGAAUGGGGACCAGAGACGGCAUUCGCUGCAUAUUACUGGUGUUGGCAUAUUGCAGGAAAAGGAUAGCUGGAUCCGGUUGUUGCAGGAGAGUUUGCGAGUGCUGAGGCAUGAGACUGCAUGGGCAAGGAUGGGGAGGGGCAUUUCUCAGGCAUUGGAGAUGAUACUUGAGAGCGGUACCACUUCUUUUGAUGGAAAGAGUCCCCACCAGGGGACUGACAGAUAGCUAGAUAGAUGCCAUUGCCACCCAGUAGGUCUACUGCACUAAUGCUAAAGGGCUAG